UCGUUUGAUUUUUUGUUUCCUGUGAAUCUUCUUCUCCAUCGUUCGAAUCGCCCACCUCCUCGCCUCCGAUCCGGUGAGUCUUCUUCUCCAUCAUCCUGAUUAUAUAUGAUUUUUGUUUCCUGUGUUCGAUUUCCUGAUUAAAAGACUCAAACUUUUAAAAUCAGAGCUUGACAAUUUUGAUUUUGUUUCCUAUGUUCGAUUAUUCUUUUUGCCGGAGCUCUGCCGGAGUUCUACAAAAGACCAGACACGUUCAGCCUCUCCUUUGUUUGAUGCUGAGAAGGGUUUCUCUUCAUCCUCAUCGUUAGACCCAAACGAUUCAUCGUGAGAAGGGUUUCUUGUGGUCUUUGGAGCUAUAGGAAGCGGAGCUAGCAGCGUUGUUCAACGUGCUAUUCAUAUCCCGAAACACAGGCUUCUAGCCUUGAAGAGAAUCAAUAUCUCCGAAAGGGAGAAAAGGCAGCAACUGCUUACAGAGAUAAGGACGAUGUGUGAAGCUCCUUGUCAUGAAGGACUUGUGGAUUUCCACAGAGCGUUUUAUAGUCCUGACUCGGGACAGAUCAGCAUAGCUCUUGAAUAUAUGGAUGGAGGAUCUCUUGCAGAUAUCUUGAAAGUAACUAAGAAGAUACCUGAGCCUGUUCUUUCGUCAAUGUUCCACAAACUCUUGCAAGAUGAGAAGAAGCUAAGAGAGGCGCUUCUAUUCGCAAAUGCUUGUGGAGCUAUUACUGUAACAGAGAGAGGAGCUAUUCCAGCUAUGCCCACCAUGAAUGCUGUUCAAGACCUUCUCUCUUGUUGGGGAGUGGUGUUGCAAACUGCAGAAAAUUGCAGGGUAUUUGCAGGAUCUUCUUUACAAUUUAAGCAAAGUAGGACAAGCCAUUGAGAACAAUGAUCUACCAGCUGCAGAUUAAUGGACCACCUUCAUUAUACGGCGGAGAAACGGAGCUGAUUCAAUACGGCGCCGCAUGGGACCAUUUUACCUCUUCAAGCUUCCCGUCACCGUCUGAUCAUUGAGAUAUAUAUAAAAACAAAAAGUUUUUUCUUGUAACAGUAAAAUAAAAUUUUUACUAACUGAACUCUCUAAUGGAUUUAGAUUGAUGUAGGCUCUUUAAAUCAGUGGCGAAGCUACAGCAAAGACAAUGAAUGUAUGUGCAUCCAUAUUUUUUAAAAA